AACAACUUUUGUGCGACAUCGCUGCUUCAAAUGCUACUUUUGAUACCAUCGCCACUUCCUCGGAAUCGACUAUUACUACUGGAGGUGGAGGGCUGAUGAUGUUCAGCUACGGAUUAUCUAAAGAACCGAGUGCCAGUAGAAGAGCUGAGACAGUUCUCACAAAUCGAGCACCGUUGCCGCUACCACAGCCUGGUGCCGUUCCCGUUGCACCAGCACAAUCUGAUGCCAUUCCUGUUGCACCAGCACAAUCUGAUGUAAUUCCUGUUGCACCAGCGGGAGCCUCAGGAGCUCCUGUCGUUUCUGCACCCUUCGUUGCACCGCAUGUGGUCCCGUUGGAAGUUGCACCUGACCAACACUCACCUGCAACAUCCACCGAAGGACCCACACUCACACCUCCGACACUCGAACAACUCGUCACCACAACUCAGAAUGCACCAACACUACCGAUUGCUGAGCAGAAUACCG